AUGUUUUGUGGAACAGGAAACUUUUCUCAUGUGGAUGAAGAUCCAUCUGCACCAUCAACACCAAAAGAAUCAAAGAAGAAGAACAAGAACCCAUACUCACAAAGAGGUUUAGAUAAGUUCUCUGCUGUGAUGGCUGAGUUAGAAGCAAAGAAGGAGAAGAUCAUGGCCAAGUCUGGCUCCAAAGACACUGCCAUGGUGAAGUUCAUGUAUAGCAACUCUAAUGAUUGGGUUCCCAUCAUCAUCAAACUCAAGGAUGACAAGAAAAAGCCUUUGACAAAGAUAUCGGUGCCCGAAUCACCACCGUCACCGGUUAAAGAGCAACCGGAGGUUGUUCCGGUGCCGGAGAAGUGUAAGGUGGCUGAGAAAAGGUGUAGUUUGGGGAGAUGGAGAUAUCAUUAUUGGUCAAUGGUUAUGGUUUUGAUUCUAUUUAGUUUAGUUUUGUUUGGGAAGGUGUUUGCUAUUUGUUGCACUUCCAUUUGGUGGUAUUUGGUGCCUUCCAUGCAUGAUGGGACUAAUGUUAGAAGGAGGAAGAAGGAUUAUGGAAGAAGGUUGAGUGAUAAGAAGUUGGGAGAGGCUUCAUCACCCAAACAUUUGGUGAAUCAUAGGAGAGGAUGA